AAGCUAUGCUACUAUCUGUCAGGGUACCCAGUGGUUAAAGUGGAUAAUGACAACAUUGGGGUGAUGUACAGCAGUAAGGGGUGUCCAUCAAUACAUAGAGUAGGAAGUUUUCGGCAGUGGUCUGACAGGAAAGUCUACACGGAGUCAGAUUUCAGAGCUGGAGCACUGAAUUGCAGUGAGUCACACAGAGAGCCUGAGAGCUGCCUUUGUUCCACUUGCGUCUGAAUGUUGGAGGAGAAACAGCAGGCUCCAGUUUUUAUUAACUUCUUAUUUUCUUAAGCAUAAAACUCAUGUGCACUGAACUUUUUCCUCACUCGAGGUCUUUCAACUGACUUUCAAAAAAUGCUCUCAUGGCAUGCCUGGUGGACCUGGGACUUGCUGCUACUGCUCUUUGGCUUGUCAAUCGAUGCUGGUUCAGCAGCUCAGAUCAUAGAAGAACGAGGCUCAAAAGGACAUCUUGACCUCACGGAGUUAAUAGGAGUUCCUCUUCCUCCUUCCGUCUACUUUGUCACUGGCUAUGGAGGGUUUCCAGCUUACAGCUUCGGUCCAGAUGCUAACAUCGGUCGAUUGACAAGUGCUAUAAUACCAUUGCCUUUCUAUAGAGAUUUCUCUAUCGCAGUUACAGUGAAACCAAAUAGUGAUCGCGGAGGAGUGCUAUUUGCAAUAACAGAUGCCUUCCAGAAAACUAUUUACCUGGGAAUGAGACUUUCACCGGUUGAUGACAGCACCCAGAGAAUAAUUAUGUACUACACAGAGCCUGGGUCCCAUGUCUCCCGAGAGGCUGCUUCAUUUAAAGUGCCAGUGAUGACUGACAGAUGGAAUAGGUUUACAGUGACUGUUCAGGGGAAUUAUGUUGCUUUGUUCAUGGACUGUGAAGAAUAUCAAAAAGUUCAGUUUCAAAGGUCAGCUCAAGCCUUGGUAUUUGAAUCUGGCUCUGGGAUAUUUGUUGGUAAUGCAGGAGCCACAGGACUGGAAAAGUUCACAGGCUCAAUUCAACAUCUGACAAUUAAAUCUGACCCAAGGGCUACUGAAGAUCAUUGCGAAGAUGAUGAUCCUUAUGCUUCAGGGGACACCAGUGGCAACGGCAGCAUUCAAGAACAUGAACGUAUUUCUGAGACACAAGAAGUCCUUGCACCUUCUCAUCUUCCUAUAAGGCCUGAAGAUACCUUGGCUGAGCCAGUGGAAGCCCCCCCAGCUAUAUUGUCUUAUUUGGAAGAAAAUGAUUUCUCUGGAAAUCACAGAUCAGAAGAAAUCUCUGGAGCAGCUAAACUUAAAGAACAAGAUUCAGCUGUCACGGAAAGUGGACAAGACAACAGUGAGUCUACCACUGCCACGCAGGAAAUCUUAAGAGAAGAAAAUGGCUCUGGUGCUAGUGUUUUGCCAGGAGUAAGCAGAGAGGAGGGCCAGAAUGGUCAGGAAGAAGAGGAUGGGUCCACAGGAUCUCCGGGAAGGUCAGGGCUAGAAGAUGUGCAGAAAAAAGGUCAUGGACCUCCUGGAUCUCCAGGGAAACUUGGACAACAUGGUCAGCCUGGCAUUCCUGGUAAAAACGGCUUACCCAGUAAAAAUGGACUUCAGGAGUUGCCAGAACUGAAAGGAAAAGUAGGCCUAAAAGGUGAAAAGGGUGAUCCUGGUGAGGGAUUGCCAGGACCCCCUGGACUACCAGGACCUGCAGGACCAUCUGGUCCUUCCAGAGGAUUCAACAGACUGGAAGCUGAAGAAUCGGGUUCUGGAGAUAUUGAUGGAGAGACUGAGAUUUUAAGAGGUCUUCCUGGGCCACCAGGCCCUCCAGGACUGCCUGGUCUUCCGGGAAAGCCAGCACCCAAUUCAGGUGUAGGACCUCCUGGGUCACCAGGUGAAGAUGGAGCUUCUGGUGAACCAGGCCCUGAGGGUCCUCAAGGUCCUCCUGGUCUUGAUGGAGUGGUUGGCUCACCAGGACAGAAGGGAGAAAAGGGUGAUCAAGGUCUUCCUGGUUCUGUUGGUCCAAAGGGUGAUACUGGAGUUACUGGAUCAAUAGGCCCCAAAGGACAAGCUGGUGCUGUUGGGUCUCCUGGGAAACCUGGACCACCAGGACCUCCUGGGCCCCCUGGGCCCCCUGGACCCCCUGGACCCCCAGGACUAAGCUACAGUUUGGGGUUUGAGGACAUGGAAGGAUCAGGUAGCGCUGGCCUGUUAAGUGAAUUCAGAAUUCCAGGAUCAAGAGGGCCAAAGGGAGAAAGAGGCAAGAUUGGUCCACCAGGUUCAAAGGGAAUGCCAGGUACAGACGGAAAACCAGGCUUUCCUGGCAUUGCUGGACAUCCUGGAGAUGUGGGUCCAAAGGGGGAGAAGGGUGACCCAGGACCUCAGGGUGAACCGGGACAGGAUGGGAACAGUAUUGUGGGACCACCUGGACCACCAGGACCACCAGGACCAAUCAUAGCAAUACCUGAGCUACUACUCAACGAUACAGAUGGAAUUUUUAACUUUACUGGAAUUAAAGGACUGCUUGGGCCUCCAGGGCCAGAUGGCAAGCCAGGUCUACCAGGAUUUCCUGGCCCUCGGGGGCCGAAGGGUGAUACUGGUUUGCCUGGAUUACAAGGACGCAAAGGACAACAGGGUGAAAAGGGAGAACCAGGAGCUAUCAUUGCUGCCAAUGGAUCUUUAACUGAAUUAUUAGGAAGAAAAGGGGAGAAGGGUGAAGCUGGAGUGGUGGGACCGAUGGGACCAAUGGGACCAAUAGGACCUACUGGACCUAAAGGAGAACUUGGUUUCCCAGGACGUCCAGGCCGCCCAGGACUGAAUGGAGUGAGAGGUGUGAAAGGUGAUAGAGGCGAAGCAUUUAAUGGUCUUCCUGGCUUGCCUGGACCCCCAGGGCCUCCCGGACCUCCAGGACGUAUAGUUUAUAUCAAAGGAACAGUUUUCCCAGUCUCUCCCCGGCCUCAUUGCAAAAUGCCAGUAAGCCCUCCUUACCCUGAAAAUCAAGAAGCUCUUAAUGUCCAUGGUGCUAAAGCAAACAGAGAUUCCUGGGGGCUGCACCGUUCAGCGGACUUAAAAGGAGAAAAGGGAGACAAAGGUGCUCCAGGACCACCAGGUCCACCUCUGCCUCCAUCGUAUUUCAGCCACUUUAUUAAUAGCAUAAAGGGUGAAAAAGGAGACAACGGAGUCACUGGUGUAAAAGGAGAAAAAGGAGAACCAAAUGGAGGUUUUUAUCUGACAGGACCUCCUGGACCACCUGGAAGACCGGGAUUAGUUGGACCAAAAGGGGAUGCAGUUGUCGGACCCAGAGGACCUCCGGGAUUACCUGGCCUACCUGGUUUACCAGGUUAUGGAAAAAUUGGCCCACCUGGCCCACCUGGCCCACCAGGCCCACCAGGACCCCCUGCAAUUUAUGGCUCAGCAGCCACAAUGCCUGGGCCACCAGGACCUCCUGGAGAGCCAGGGCCACCUGCAACCAGGAACCUGGUUACGACAUUCCAAAACAUUAAGGGUAUGUUGGAAAAAGUUCAUUUGGUAGCAGAAGGUACGCUAAUCUAUCUGAGCGAAACUAGUGAGGUUUUUAUCCGUGUUCGAAAUGGAUGGAGAAAAUUGCAGCUUGGUGAGCUAAUUCCUAUCCCUGCUGACAGCCUUCCUCCUCCAGCUAUAUCAAGCCAUGGAUUUCAGUCUCUUCCAGUGCUGAGUCCAGUAUCAAAUAUGAACAAUGGAAGACCAGCACUGCAUCUGGUGGCUUUAAACUCGCCAUUUUCUGGUGACAUGCGAGCAGAUUUUCAGUGUUUUCAACAGGCCCAACAAGCAGGAUUGUCAGCUACCUAUAGAGCCUUCCUCUCAUCGCAUUUGCAAGAUCUGGCCACAGUUGUCAGAAAAACAGACCGAUACCAUUUACCAAUAGUCAAUCUUAAGGGAGAAACACUUUUCAAUAACUGGGAGUUCAUAUUUAAUGGAAACGGUGGACAAUUCAACGUUCAUGUUCCAAUAUACUCCUUUGAUGGGAGGAACGUCAUGACUGACCCAUCUUGGCCUCAAAAAGUAAUAUGGCAUGGUUCAACUGCAAAUGGGAUCCGACUGGUUAGCAACUACUGUGAAGCCUGGCACACAGCUGAUAUGGGAGCUAUGGGACAAGCAUCACCGCUGAAGACGGGGAAACUUCUUGAUCAGAAAGUAUUUAGCUGUAAUAAUAAGUUUAUUGUUCUCUGUAUUGAAAUCAGUUUCGUAUCUGACCCCCAAGGAAAAUAAUUCACCUGUUGCACAGAGGAAUAUUCCAUUUUCUAACAGAAAAAGCUGACACUGAAAUUUCAUUUGUAAUGUUGUAAAUAAUUUAUUUUUUGUAAUUGCACAUUUCGUGAAAAAAUAGCCAAAGAAAACAUACCUCAACAGAAACCACAUUCUGCUUAAAUGGAACAUCCAGUGUACAUGCGGCUGACUUAAAGCCCUUCCUUUCCCCUGAAGCCCACACGGUUCAAAGUUUGCCAACAAUUAACUCACAGCCCCUUGUCUUCCUGGCUGAGAUUAGGAUCGCUUAAGGGCACUAGUCAAGCGUGGUCUGUGAGGAAAAUCCAGUAGCCUGUCUCAUAAGCAGCACGGCUCAGCAAGGCUGCUGCUUCUUCACAGCUGAGAAGAUGCAUGCUCUACGCUCCUCUUUUCGCUGGCAUAGAUUGUGACUACCCAAGGCACUACCCAUAUAUAUGUAUAUACACAUACUGUCCCUGAGCAAAUAAUGGGAGGCCGUUACACCUUACGGGGAUGGAAUUUUCAAAAAGGCUUUAAGAACAAAGGUGCUCACCUUCUUGGAGUUUCAGUGGAAACUGAGUACCUAAGCCCUGUAAGCUUGUAGGGAUCGCAGCCUGGUGCUCACACAUAAAUUUAGCAGCUUCCACAUCUUACUGCAGCUUUUUUCUUGGCAGAUUCUAGGCAAUAGGGCUUUUUUGCAGGGGGAGUGAAUUUCACCUAGACAAAAUCUGGUCCUUAUUUUGGUGCUAUUGUUAACAGGAAACCUGGAGCCAUGUUAAUAGAAAACAUCCUGUUUUACUGGUAGAACUGUGCAAAGCAAAUGCAGACAAACGAACCAUCUGACCUUUAUUUAUUUCCUUGCGUAUUAGAGGAAGUCAUUUCCUGUUGUGGCAGACUGCUGAAUGAAAGACGCCUGUCAUGGCUUCUCUAAAGUAGGUUCUAGACAUUGUUAUCCCACUAAGUUAUAUGUAAAGUGAUUUUCAUUUUUGUGAAUUUAUCCUUCUGGCAUUCACGUAAUUAAAGAUUUGUUAAUAUAAAAUAACAGCAACAACGAUAGAAAUGAUCAGUAAAUGCUAAUAUUCUUUGCAAACAGUAUCACCAUAAUAUCUGAAGCCUUUGCUUAUAUAUUUGUCUACUGCAUACUUUAAACGACAUAUUUACUUAUAUUUUAUCAAGCAGUAACUAUGGAGGUCAAACACCACAUUAUCAUUUUUUAAGAUUUAAUCUAGAGUCUGUGUGGGAAAUAUAUGUUUAUUUGCUAACAAGUAGAGUAUUAAAUUACUAGAUAGCUAUCUUCAAAAGACAAAAGCAAAUCACGCUUACUAUGCUACACUGAUAUAUAACACAAUAUUGUGAAAUUCAGCUUUAUUUUUCCAAUUUACUAUAAAAGCUUAUUUCCCAGGGUCAUCUGAAUCACAUCUUCUGGUUUUUUUUUUUCUCGAAAAAGCCAUGACUCCAUUAUUACAACAUGGUAAUGAGGCAAAAACAGUUUAUAUUACAUUUAAAAUGUAUGCACAACAAUUAACUGUACUCAUUUAUAGUCCAUUUCCCAUAAAAUGCUGAGCACUCUUGUGAAAUGCCAAAUUCCUUCAACUCACACAGUUGGAAGAGUUUUAUAUGUAUGGCAGGGUUUCACUCUGAGUCACAGAAGGUUCUAGGGGGGAAAUAAAGUGCUUUUGCGUGCCUCCAGCAGCAAACCAUCUGCCUUUAAUCCUUUAAUUGUUGGCAGACCCUCAGCUCAAGCCAAGUCAUGGCCAGCGGGGUCUAUGCUUGCAGCCAGCCAUCACCCAGUCAUCACCCUCAGUUGUUGCUCUUCCGGAGCAACAACUGGCUGCGGAGUUGGCUCUUUCUUUGCCUAGAAUUGCAGUGACAAGAGGUGGCGGGGAGACGGGAUCCCACAGAAGAGCUGUGUGAAGGGGGAGGGGAGAAGACUAAAAAAAAACAUGCCAUUUUUAGGAGACAGUGAACUAGAGUUUAAGUUGGGCCUAGCAAAAACGCGUCUGGAAUUCUGUUUGUGCCCAUACUUUCACAGGGCUGGCCCCUUUCUGUAUCCUAAAUGGCUGAUAGAGCAGGGAACUGAAAUGGUUAAGUGGCAAAGAACUCUCAAUGGUUGCUUCCCACCUCUAAGAUUAAUCUGCAGGCUACAGGAGUUUAUUGCGCGCCCUUCAACUUGAUACAGAGCACGAACCACGCGUCAUGCUCACGCACCAGCAAGGGAGCUAGCUUACCAGAGAACGCCAUGAGAGACCUAAGAAGAGGUCUCCCUUGGAAAAAAACACUUUUUGUCAUUUUAACCAGAGCCACUGAGGCUCUUCAUACUCCUUAGCGUAACUGAAGAGAAACUGUAAUACUCAUCGAGGAUAUGACAGAGAAAAAAUUAGCCCAGUACUUAAAAAUAAAUUAGCUUUCCCUAUCAAAGCACAAUACGUUUUUCAGCAUGAUUCCAACACAAAGGUCAGGUGCACUUGAGGAAGAACAUUUGCUAAUUCAGGUAAGGAAUGGUGUAUAAAGCAAAUGAGUCACCAAAACGAGUACCAGAGCAAGGCUGAAAAGAGUAACUGCACUAGAAACCGCUGUAGCAGCCUGAAUGAAUGAAAUCAGUCAAACAAGAUUCUUCCGUCUUUUAGAGGAAGGUUUUUGGUUGAAAACAUCCACUUAUGGUGAAACUUUGAUGCACUUUAAGAGGAAGAAGUUAAUACAUUGUAAACACAGAGGAGGUGAAAGUCUUAUAAACCAUCUGAACCCCAGGGCUGGUCGAUGAAUAAAAUACAGCAGAUCCAUUUCAGCUACUGGAUUUCUAGAAAUCAAGCUGAUAGAUUUGUCUUUAUAUGAAUUGUAGGUGCAAGCUGUAACAACAGAAGCUUCGUUUACACCAAGAAGAAUCCACAGUGGGGUUUGUGCUUCUACAAAAGAAUUGGUUCUCCACUAAAAAUAAUUGCAAUUUAACUUUAAUUAAGCUGGUGCUUAACCUGAAAGAAUAUAAUAUAUUAAAAAUAAAAAAAAAAGAAGAAAAAACAAGCAGAAAAGCAGAAAAAAGUAGUAAGGUCUAGGGAAAGUUAGUAACUAUUUGAAAAGGGAAUAUUGAAUUGUUACUGGAGAGAUUCGUUUAUAUAUCAUAGAUACAUUGGGGAUGGGGCAAAACGCAUGAACAUAUAGUUGAAUGUUCACUACAGAUUCUUUCUAAGUGAAAAUAAUUUUUUGUUAUGAAGGUAAAUUGGCACAUGAGUUAAAAAUUGACUUUGAAUAUACCACUUUAGAUUGGACUUUGUUAGAAUCGGACAACAGUUUUCAGUAGAAACAUCACUUUUUAUCACAACAUUUUACUGGUUUGUGCCAAAUAGGAGACAUUAAUAGGAGUCAUUUUCAAAAGACAUGCUUUAAGUCAAGACAUUUUUGUUCUCAUUUACCUGCUCUGUAAUAAUAAAAAGGAAUUAAGACUCCUCAGUAACAUAUGAAA